GGUGAACCAAUAUGGCCGCGCCCACGAAAAAGUGCAAAAGAAUCAUCACAGACAAUCUCUCUCCUUGAGGUUUCGAGAAUAAUGUUUACACGAGGUUUUUUGCGUUUGAACAAAUGAAUAAAGAGGAUCUACGAUAUUCAAUACCAUUCCUGCUGACAUGUGACCAAGAUCAGUGAAGUGCAGACCACCAACAUGAAUGUUCCGCCGCUGACCAUCCGCAUCCGGAACGACCAGGACCAGGACAUGGACUGGAUGGUCCAGCCAGACGAAGUCACCUUCCGACAGACUCUGGAAGUGAUCUGCCAGGUGGUACACAGUGGAACAAUCACAGCAUUUGAGUAUGAAGACGAGGAUGGAGAUCACAUCACGGUUCGCAGCGAGGAUGAAAUGAAGGGGAUGAUUGACAAUUAUUUCCAUGAGAUGAGCGAGGAGGACAGAGACAGGGGGCUGUUCCCACCUCUCAUCAUCUUCCCGAAACUUGGGAAGACUGCUCAGAAGAGGAAUCUGUUGGGCCUGAAGAUACAACUCAACAAGUCGCCAGGCAGCCCCAGUCCAGUCAACCCAGAAGCUCCACCCAUCCCUGACAUUCAGAGCAACACACCUGUACAGGUGGUUACCACCCCACCCCAGGGGCCGAUUAGUGUCACCCCACAUACCUCAACACCCAUUCAACCAGUGCCACACGUGACUCCGAUGGCUGUCAGCACGUCCACUGAGAUAUCUCCGACAGGCCUCCAACAUGUCCUCUCCAAUGGCCACAUGACUGAAGACCAAAUACAGACUAUUGAGUGUCUUGGUGCUGGUGCUGGAGGGAGGGUUUACAGGUCGGUACAUGUGCCCUCAGGGAAACAGAUUGCUGUCAAGGUGAUACAGGUUGACAUCUCUCCUGAAGUCCAAAAGCAGAUCCUAUGUGAGCUGGACAUCCUAUACAAGUGCAAUUCCCCAGCCAUCAUUGGCUUCUAUGGGGCCUUCUUUGUUGAGAACCGGAUCUCCAUGUGCACCCAGUACAUGGAUGGUGGGUCAUUGGACCGUUACAUGCCGGUGCCGGAGCUGGUUCUGGGCAGGAUGGCGGUGUGUAUCCUCGAGGGCCUCAUAUACAUGUGGAACCUGAAGAUCCUUCACAGAGACAUCAAGCCAAACAAUGUUCUAGUCAACACCCAGGGGGAGGUCAAGCUGUGUGACUUCGGGGUCAGCACACAGCUGGUCAAGUCGAUAGCCACGACAUUUGUGGGGACCAACGUGUACAUGGCUCCGGAGAGGCUCCAAGGGAGCCACUACGGGAUCCCGGCAGAGGUGUGGAGUCUGGGCAUCACCCUGUUUGAGCUGGCCACAAGAAAAAUACCCUUUCAGUCGUUUAAUCCAGAUAUGAAGCCCUUUGAACUGAUGCAGUGUAUUAUUGAGGAGACACCACUGAUGUUGUCUCAAGAGUUCUUCAGUCCAGAGUUUGUCGGCUAUGUGGCAAGCUGCAUGUUGAGGGAUCCAGCUCGCAGACUGACUCCAUCAGAACUUGCAAAUCACCAGUUUGUGCAGCGCCAUGCUGACAGUAAUACCGUGAUGAUUGCGGAGUGGGUGCAGGGUUGUUUGCAGCAGCGGCAACAACAGCAAGCAGUGUCAUAACAUACCGUCUGCUGAAGGGGUAAUGUCGUUCCUUGGACUCAAUCAGGUAUACAGUUCGAACAAAGUAUUUGUUAUCUGUCAGCUAACCAUCUCCAGGAUGCCAGACAAUCAUUUAGCCACUUCCAUUGUGUCAUCUUGUACCUAGAAAAAAGAUGUCUGUGAUAUGCUUGCUUGUGUUGUUGAUGCCGGAUCUGAGUCACCUGGAUGGGUUUACUAUGAUGACAGAGUUUGUCGGUUGUUGUCUGUGUCAAAGAAGACCUGUCCUGUGUGAGCACUCUCUGUAGCACUAGCUCACAACCUCAAGAUGACCGUGACAAUCGAAGAUGUCCAAGACGGCGGCCAUGUCGGUAACAUUGCUGGAUGGCAGGCAUGGCUGGCAAAAUAAUUAACUUCAUUUGUUCUUUGUGUAUGCUUAUUACAUUUUAGUUUUUAUAAUCAAGAAGGUUUAUCAGAAGGGACUGGAGUGUGAGUUCCCCAGUGACAAGUGAUGGUGAGUGCUGGCGAGGCAACUCUAGCACAAGGUGAACUGUGUGUUAUCCUCAUCACCGGUAUACUCCCAUCCACUUGGCCUGUGUAUCUGUGAGAUGGGACGUGUGUGUUAUGAUCUCUUGGAGUAUUAGACAGUUCUGCUCCUGCACUGGUUCUGAUACGACUCUAGGACAAGGUCGACAUGUGUGUAGAGCCUCAUCACCGGUAUACUCCCAUCCACUUGGCCUGUGUAUCUGUGAGAUGGGACGUGUGUGUUAUGAUCUCUUGGAGUAUUAGACAGUUCUGCUCCUGCACUGGUUCUGAUACGACUCUAGGACAAGGUCGACAUGUGUGUAGAGCCUCAUCACCAGUAUACUCCCAUCCACUUGGCCUGUGUAUCUGUGAGAUGGGACAUGUGUGUUAUGAUCUCUUGGAGUAUUAGACAGUUCUGCUCCUGCACUGGUUCUGAUACGACUCUAGGACAAGGUCGACAUGUGUGUAGAGCCUCAUCACCAGUAUACUCCCAUCCACUUGGGCUGUGUAUCUGUGAUGUGGGACAUGUGUGUUAUGAUCUCAUGGAGUGUUAAACAGUUCUGCUCCUGCACUCACACAAGGAAAAGUUGGCAUCUGCACAACAUGUGCAGGGUUGUAAGACAUAUGUUCAGUGCUGUGGCAUAUGUGCACAGUUGGAGUAUACUUUUGUUGAUGCCGUAUCGCACCCAUAACAAUCUACAACAAGGGGUUGUUACCUUUCCUAGGUUGAUUACUAGUGUGAACAAAAACAAAAAAAGACGCCGCCCGCUCGCACUAUAUUUUCAAAAGCCAUUGCCCGAGAACCAAUUCAUUAAUUUUUUUAAGCCUUACCAUAUUUGACGUAAUAAGCAUCCCGCUCCAAUAAGCACUCACAGCAAUAUUUGCUAAUAUUUUGGCUAGUGAACAAUCUCAAUUAGCAUCCCUUCCGAUUGAUCAAUGUACACAAGACUUAUCAAUUCAUGUAUAAUAUGCACUCGUGUGUUUUAUGCACCCUUAA